CAGCCGCUGGCCGGGCCUGUCGCUUCGGGCAGGGUAUUUUUUUUUUUUCGGAGCUUGCUAUUUUAAUCAUAAUGGAAUCUUUCAUCUUGAUUUGACUGACUCACAAUGGCGAAAAUCCUUGGGCUCAAUUUUUUCCAUUAUUCGUGCUGCAGGGCACAUCCCGUUCCUGCUGCGGCAUGUCAUUGUCUCACGCGAGCUCCAGAGAAAAAAGCAACUACCCAUUUGGUUAUUUGGAUGUGGACCGAGCUGCCCGGACAUCCGUCUCCGGAGGGGUUGGUCCAUUCGGAUCGGAGGUCGCCGUUGGUUUCCAAGCCAGGGCCUGUGCCACACCCUGUUUGUCUCGGACAGAAUCUGAUGGAUUGGCGCUUCGGACACGGAAAAUACAAAGACGAAUACCGAGAGCAUCUGCAUCUUUGCUAUUCACCCUAAAACGUCAUAGCUGCCCAUCUCCAUGCAGCCCGUCAUGGUCGCAUAAAUUGCACGCCGUAAUGCUACCCCGGGGCAAUCGGGCUCCACAAACCUGUCCCCAGCGCCGAGUCUGCCGGACCGAGAUCUGCGAAAAUUGGUUCUCUAGCAACACUGCGGCAAUUGCUGCAAAGAAAAGAGAAUCUCCUUGCCAUGGGGCAUGGAAGCUGCUGCGAUUUUACAAACAAGCUGAUUAAUCGUCAUAUUUAUAGAUUUUGUCUCAACAAGACGUUUGGAACAGACGGGAAAAAAAAAACGAAAGGAGGAAUUAAAUCGUCGACAAAUAUGUGGUAAAAUUGCUGAACCCUCCAGCGCCGGAUCCGCCGCCG